UUAAAAAAUGGUUUAAAGGCUGAAAUGUAUAAAAGUGUAUAAUAACUUUUUGUUUUGUGAAAACUUCUAUGUACGAAAGCCUGUCCUAGGAACCAAAGUUGUUGACCACACGGACUGAUUUAUAGUGUGACACGCAGGAAGACAGUUUGGUGGAUAUUCAUUUCUGCACGCUUGUUAUAUGCUUUGUAUAAUGCGUUUAUGCCUUAAUGUAAGUACAUUUGCAUAUGUAUGUUUUUCGAAUGUAUGUUAUUGAUGUCCCGCGAUCGUUCUGCGGUUACCAUCGGCGAGUUUGAGCGCCGUAGCGGCCGUAAUUUGCCGCGAGAAAACCGCGCUAAUCAGUAUUAGCAUCGGCAGUAUUAUUAUACUUCUUCACAAGAGUGUUUACAUUAAUAACGCAUCAUUGCACAACUAUACCAUGCCUAUUUGCAGUGUCUAAUCAUUGUUUAUUUGCAUAUGUUCGAUUAUCAUGCCAGUGUAUAAAUGGUUCUCAGAAUAUGAUUGUAAUUAUAUUUCUUUAUUGUUCCUUUAGACCAUUAAUACAGAUGUCAUAACCAAAGCAUAACUGGUGCAGAUGACAACUCACACCCUGUUCAAUAAAGGCAUCUUUGUGAAUAAUCUCUUCUCCAAUCGUUGAUUCUCUUACCGGAAUCCAGUCCAUAUUUGGCCGCCUCAAUCAGUGUAAUACAGAAUUGUAGCGUGCCUCUGCUACAAAAGUGGUCCUUCGAGCCGGAUUGAGAGCAAGAUCGAACCAAUAUGGACAAAGCACAAAGUGACGCAUCUGAGACUACGUCCAGACCUCGACGCAAGACUAAUCUGCCUACUCAUCUGGAUGAUUACGAUGUUGGCUACCAACCUGCAGACCCUCCUCCAAAGGCUUCCUCUCACUGUCCUAGUCAGCCCCGAAGCAGCUCGAGGAAAACGUCUCACAGUGGUGUCAGCUCUCACUCCAGGACGAGUAGGCGUUCCAUUACUUCCGCUGGCGUCUAUGUCCCACCAGAUCUCUCUAGCGUCCAGACUGCUAUGUUGGAGGAGAAGAUUAAACAGAGACAGUAUGACAGUCUACGGCAGCAAGCAGAAGAGGACUCGCUGAUUGAUCUGGAACACCAAAGACUGCAGGCACAAGCUAAAGAAGCCCAGCGCACGCAAGAGGAGGCGCUUGCCGCAAAGGAGGCCCUGUUGAAACAACUAGAACGACAGCGCAAGCUUCAACAAGCAGAGACUGAACUCGAAGUGGCUAAGCUUGUAUCCUCCAUGCUCUCUAUAGACUCUAGGGCGACCACUCCAGUUCCUGCAGACUCUGGUUCGCCAAACGCGCAACAGCUUGCAGCACAGCGCAGCCAGGCUUGUUCACCGCAGCUUAUGUCUUCCAAGCCUCAGCAGCCCCCCUUCCAGUCGCCAGCUGUGACGUCAUCGCUGCUGCCCUGUCCUACAGAACUGCCUGAUCCUAAUGUUUCUGCAGUGUCCCAGCCGCCACCUAGACCGCCACAGUGGGCCUCACCUGCUACUUACUCUGCAGAUGCACCCUUGCCCGCUGCACUCCAUCCAGGGCCACAAGCAUUCUCAUCGCCAGUCCCUGACAUUGCACCCUCUGCUCCCACUGCCGAUCCAGUACACUCUGUGUCAUUAACAUCGAACGUAGCACCUCAGCCUUCAGCGGUGUUCACCAUCCCGACCUCCGCUGCGUACCCCAUGAGCACCAUCAUGCAACGCGUGACACAGCAGCGUGUUAUCGCCACACAACCUACCCUUGGCUACAGGGUACAGCAGCCAGCAACAACAUCGGGGACAACCCUUCCAGGUUCGUGGCAGCUUCCUGUCUCCAGCCACCAAGCAUCGGCGACGACACUUCAAGCUCCUGGUUACAUUCAAGCAGCUACAUCUGUGCCUUUCCCCCCAACUGCCUACUCACCUCAACCGAGUCAAGAGCUCCUGUUUGCAUCAGCCAAUGGCAUUCCACGACCUACGUUACCAGUUUUCGAAAGUGGUGCUGAGAGUGACUUUGCUUUGUUUAAGUUAGCAUUGGACAAUUUGUUGAGUAAUCACAAUCAUAUCAGUGAACAGUAUAAAUACCAUGUUCUCUUAAGCCAUUUGAAACUUUCCAGUGCUCAUCAGCUAGCUAAAGCCUUCAUGUAUCACUCCCAGCCUUACACUGCUGCUCUGCAAGCACUUCAAGACAAGUAUGGACAGCCAAGACAGCUCGUUCAGUCCGAGUUGGGUGCCAUCCUAAACACCCCGCCUCUUAAGUUGGGUGAUGCUACCGCCUUCGACUCAUUUGCAUUGUCAGUACAGUCCUUAGUGGGUAUGCUGAGAACUCUUGAGGGUCAGAAUGGUUAUGAGCUUUUGUGUGGCUCACAUGUGGACCGUCUCUUGAGUAAACUGCCACCAGCCUAUCGCGACAGUUUUGUUGAAUACUGUCUAAGCCGGGGUAUUAUCCAGACAGGCACCGACAAGACCUACACACUCCCUGAUUUCGCAGACUGGCUCCAGAACAAGUCCCAAGCGAAACGUAUCUCCAGCAGAGCCGCGGCUAUGUUCCAGAGUGAAACUCUGAAGGCCCCUGGUAGAGCUAGAGGAGCACCUUAUCCCAGAGAGCAGCCAAGGCCAGUUCUCCUGACACGUGAGAGUGUAGCUAAGGCUCCUGAGUUGACAGCCCCUAAGUUCAGCUCCAAGCCCGAGCCAUACUGUCCCCAUUGUGACAACAGGGAUCACUAUCUCAACUCUUGCGAGGCGUUCAAGAAGUUGACUACCUCCCAGAUUGUAGCUUGGAUUAAAGAUGGCAAACGUUGCUGGAGAUGUGGACGGUUCCAUGCUGUAGAGUCUUGCAACCUCAAACGUCCAUGUAGAAUCUGUAAAGAGAUACAUCUCAUAGUUCUUCAUGAUUCCAUCAAAGACACCACCAGUGCUGUCCUCACCGUCAGCCUCCCAUCUACCCGGGUUUUCUUGGACAGACCGAAUCGUACACCGAGAGUCAUGCUGAAGGUUGUCAAGGUCCUCCUCCACAAUGGACCCCACACAAUGGAGGCACAUGCCGUUCUCGACGACGGGUCAGAGAGAACACUCGUGCUUUCCCCCGUCGUGCAGCAGCUCAAGAUUACCUGUACCCCAGAGUUACUUCAUUUACAGACUGUCCGACAAUCUCACACAGAACUUGAAGGGUCGUCUGUUUCCUUCGAGGUCUCAUCAGUCACUAAACCCAUGCAGAGGUUCACUAUCCCUAAUGCCUUUACUGCUACCGGUUUGAGUUUGGCAGAACAUAACUACCCAGUGGCUGCGCUUCAACGAGCUUAUCGUCAUCUGAGAGAUCUUCCUCUUCCCCCUGUUGACAGAGUCAAACCACUACUUCUCAUUGGUUCUGACAUGCCGCACCUCUUAACGCCAAUACAGCCUGUAUGCCGAGGCCCAGACGGAGGUCCAAUAGCCAUCAGGACACAGCUGGGAUGGUCUCUUCAAGGUCCCAUGAGCCCCAAGCAGCCCUCACGGUGUUAUCAGCAGUGCCUUCAUAUCACCACAGCUACGCCCUAUGAUGAUCUGAUUCGACACGUCGAACGACUCUGGCAGGUCGACACCCUCCCAUACAAUGAGAGAAUGGUCACCAGGUCCAAGCAAGACAAAGACGCUGUCGCCAUGCUCCAGAACGCCACCACCAGAGUGAACAUAGAUGGCAUUCAACGUUAUGCCACACCAUUGCUCCGACGCAUGCCCAUGACCAUAUUCCGUGCCGACAAGGAGGCUGUUCUUCCCAGUCUUCGAGGUACCGAGCGCAGACUGGCACGAGAUCCUGAACUGGCCAAAGCCUACUGCACUGAAAUCCGUAAGUUGGAAUCUGCUGGAUAUGUAGCCAAGAUAACCACAAAAGAAGCACACAGUACUCCAGAGUCCUGGUUCAUUCCUCACCAUAUCGUACAUCAUAAUGGCAAAGACAGGAUCGUCUUCAACUGUUCCUUUCCAUAUCAAGGGCAGUCCUUGAACAGUCAGCUACUUCCUGGUCCGAUGCUGGGACCAUCAUUGCUAGGUGUGCUUCUGAGGUUCCGACAACACACUGUAGCUGUGAGUGGGGACAUAAAGGGUAUGUUCCACCAGAUACGCUUGCUGCCCAAAGAUAAGCCAGUGUUGCGGUUCCUUUGGAGGAACAUGUGCAGAGACCAGGAGCCUGAGGUAUAUGAAUGGCAGGUGCUUCCGUUCGGAACUACAUGCAGCCCAUGUUGCGCCAUCUACGCCCUCCAGCGAAGUGCCCAAGAACACCAGAACGACCAGGUCAGUCUGGUUAACAUAGUUGAGAAUUCCUUCUAUGUUGAUAACUGCCUGCACAGCACUUUGAACUCUGAAGAAGCUAAGGAGGUAGUUGAUGGACUUCGUCAACUGCUAUCUGAGGGAGGCUUCGACAUAAGACAGUGGGCCUGCAAUGUACCCUCUGUCAUCGAACACCUUCCCGCAGAAGCCCGGUCUGCUAACAGUGAACUGUGGUUGACCAAAGCCAGUACAGACCUACAAGAACCCACUCUAGGCCUACGGUGGGAUUGUCUCAGUGACACCCUGGGUUAUAGUUUGCGAUCAACCGAGCCCCUAGAGCCCACCAUGAGAAAUGUGUACAAGACCGUGGCCAGCCAGUAUGACCCGCUGGGGUAUAUCAUCCCGUUUACGACCCGGGCCAAGGUUCUUAUCCAAGACCUCUGGAAGCAGAAUUUGGGCUGGGACGAUCCGAUAACGCCUCUACAGCUAAGAGAGAAGUGGCUAACAUGGAUAAGAGAGAUUCCUCAUCUCCUUCAGCUGCAAUUUCCUCGACCGUAUGCCCCAGCCUGUGCUGAUUACCCUAGUGCCAUCCGAGAACUCCACAUCUUUUGCGAUGCAUCAGAAAGAGCAUACGGCUCAGUGGCCUAUUUGCGCACUACUGAUGAUCAAGGCCACGUCCAUGUCGCCUUCGUUUUGGCCAGAUCCAGAGUGGCUCCCAGAAAAUGCCUAUCCAUGCCUCGUUUGGAACUGAGUGCAGCCCUCACCGGCGCUCAGUUAGCCAAAGUAAUACAGACUGAGUUGUCUCUUAACAUCCAUACAGUCACCCUCUGGUCCGACUCAACAACCGUACUGAACUGGCUGACAUCUGAGUCCUGUCGUUACAAGGUAUUUGUAGGGACACGUAUAGCAGAAAUCCAGACCCUCACAGACACGGCUGAAUGGCGGUACAUUGAUUCAGCUCACAACCCUGCUGACCACAUCACAAGAGGUCUGACCCUGACCCAGCUAGCACGUCCCCAUCAGUGGAAUUCAGGACCAGACUUCCUCCUUCGACCUUUUGACCAGUGGACAUCCACACCCGUCAUUGAGGUAGAAUCAGAGAUCAGCGAGUUGAGAAAAUCUGCAUUCAUUGGCACUGUCACAGUCUCCAAUCAUUCACUUCUGGACCCCAAUCAAUUCCACACAUGGCUAGAGCUAGUUGAGGCCACUGUCAGGUCCCUACACGGGGCGGCUGCUACAGACAAUGAAUCUUCUCCACAAGCUGAUGACUAUGUCGGAGCAGAGAAACUUAUCCUGGCUCAAGCUCAACAGGACUCAUUCCCACUAGAAGUCCAAGUUUUGAAGACUGGACAGCCGAUUCCAGCGAACAGCCGUUUGGCAUCCCUUGCACCAGAGUAUGAUAAGGACACAGGUCUCAUCAGAGUAGGGGGACGAUUGCGUAGAGCGAGUGACCUCGACCUGGAUGCCAUUCACCCGAUUGUGUUGGAUCCUGGACAUUCUACAACUAAGCUGUUAAUCAAAGAGACGGACCGCCGACUUCUGCAUCCGGGUUCUGAAAGGGUGCUAGCAGAAUUGCGUCGUCAGUAUUGGAUACUUAGGGGCAGGGAAGCCGUCCGUAAGCAUCAGCGCAAAUGCCAAGAUUGUCAGUUCUGGCGAGCCAAGCCUGAAGUCCCCCAAAUGGCCGAUCUGCCAUCCUGCAGGCUGCAACUUCACCAACCGCCGUUCUAUUCCACGGGGGUAGAUUGUUUCGGCCCCUUUUCAGUAAAAGUUGGUCGUCGCCAUGAAAAGAGAUGGGGCGUCCUCUAUAAGUGCAUGACAACCCGAUGUGUGCACCUUGAUCUGUUGGAACACCUUGAUGCUGAUGCAUUCCUGCUCUCUCUGCGUCGCUUUAUAGCACGACGGGGUAAGCCCAUGGAAUUGCUCUGCAACAACGGUACCAACUUCGUAGGAGGAGAUCGAGAACUACGUGACACCUUUGCUGUCAUGGCACCUAAGCUUCAAGAACUGCUUGCUCCACAGAAGAUCAGAUUCCGCUACAUUCCACCUAAUGCUCCUCAUUUCGGUGGAACCUGGGAGCGUGAAGUCAAAUCUGUAAAGACUGCACUACGUGUCAUUCUGCGAGAGCAAACGGUGCCAGAGCCAGUGCUGCAGACAUUGUUAGUGGAGGUGGAGGGCAUUCUAAAUGCCAAGCCUCUCGGCUACGUAUCUUCCGAUGUUGCAGAUGUGGACCCAGUGACUCCGAACCUACUGCUUAUGGGCCGUCGUGAUGCCUCCCUACCUCAAGUCUUAUUCGACUCUACCAACCUGCUCGGAAGACGCAGAUGGAGACACAGCCAGGUGUUGGCAGAUCAUUUCUGGACUGCCUUCAUCCGAGAUUACCUCCCAAGUUUGCAGGAUCGACAUAAGUGGAGAAAGGAUGGGAAAGAGCUGACUGUGGGCCAAGUGGUUCUCAUUGUUGAUCCCCAACUUCCUCGUGCCCUCUGGCCUGUGGGCACAGUGACUGAGACGUUGGCUGGACCUGACGGGAAAAUUCGCACUGCCCGUGUCAGAGUUAAUGAGAAAUCCUACACUCGACCAGUUGUUAGGUUGAUUCCACUUCCUCACUUUGAGGAAGAGUCUUAGACGCUGUAGACAGACUUUCUUGGUGUUUACAAUUACCCUGUCAGAUAAUUGGGGGCGGCUGUGUACGAAAGCCUGUCCUAGGAACCAAAGUUGUUGACCACACGGACUGAUUUAUAGUGUGACACGCAGGAAGACAGUUUGGUGGAUAUUCAUUUCUGCACGCUUGUUAUAUGCUUUGUAUAAUGCGUUUAUGCCUUAAUACCAUUAAUACAGAUGUCAUAACCAAAGCAUAACUGGUGCAGAUGACAACUCACACCCUGUUCAAUAAAGGCAUCUUUGUGAAUAAUCUCUUCUCCAAUCGUUGAUUCUCUUACCGGAAUCCAGUCCAUAUUUGGCCGCCUCAAUCAGUGUAAUACAGAAUUGUAGCGUGCCUCUGCUACAUUCUAUCUGAACUGUAAAUCAUGCUUUUUACAGUAAUUUUACAGUUUAUCAUAGACAUUGCCCUACCCUGCUCAUAUGGUAUUAAUUUUAUUUGUGCAGGUCUUAAAAAAGGUCUUAAAGUCUUAAAUUUGAGUUAAAAAAUCCUGCAGCAACCCUGUUAUUGUGCGUGGUAAAUGUCAUGGUAAUGACGUAACGUCUGGUUUUGGAGCACUUAGUCUACUGAUUCUUCUUGUACUUGAAAUGCAGCAUUUGACUCUGUUUGUCAAAAAUGACUUCUCACUCACCUAUCUAAUUAUUAUUAGUAGUAAUUCUGGACAUGGUAAUCCAAGGUCCAUGGUAAUCAUCCCAUGUCUGUAUAAACAAAUGUUCAUCCUUUUCAGAAUAACAGUAACAUUGUAGUUUACAAGUGUUAUAUUGACUUUUUUUUUGUUUACUUCCCUCUGUUCUUCUUUCCUAGAAUCCAGCACCGUCUGUUGGGGUUUGCUUGGUUUUGUCAUCUGCUGUGCUGCUCUUGCUUCUGUUGUUGGUGCGAUUUUCAGAUUCAAGCCGGCAUGGAUUCCAGUAUCACGGCAUUCCGAUAAUGAAGAAGCACAGG